AAAAAAAAACAGUUAAUUGUUUUUGAUGGACAGAAAAGGUCCUUUUUGUCCUUUCUAAGCUAACCGCAGAUAUGACAUCAGCAUCCGUACGCGAUUUCGAUAAAUUUGGUUUUCCUAUUUGUACCAUUGGCUGUUAUUUUAUGCAAUUAGUGAUGCGAAACCCCUCGCCAGACUGUCUUGCUUAAUCGUUCAAUAUGCAAAUGAAGAAAUCUUUUUUCGCUGUUCCUAAAUUAUCCUUUAAAUGCCAGAGAAAAUGUUCACCUAAAAGGCAAAUAAACCAGCUGAUUCGGUUGAACUCUGCGGUUUAAUCAGCGACCCAUCGAAAAAAGGCCAACAUAAAAACACGGUACCCCCACUAGAAUAAAGAAGAACUACCAAAUUGGAUCAUAAAUUUAUGUGCGAAUCUAAAAUGGACGUCCGUCAACAACGAGAAGAACGGCAGUAUACGCAUAAAAGUGAGAAGGGUCGCGCCACCAUUAUCAGGAAGAAAUCCUGGAUCCUGGGGUGCCCUUCUCUUCUCUAAGUGGGGCUGUUCUGACGACGGCGGUGCGGGUUCAGUCAGUCAGCAGAGCACAGUGUACAGCAGAAACAGAAGAAGCAGCAGCAAUAACAUCAACAUAAACAGCACGAAGACAUAGGACGGACCAAUUCCCUGCAUCACAUGAAACACAGUGAAGAAGGUUAGUGCCACGCUGUCUGGUGUUAGACGGCAACGAUGAACGUGCUCGUGCUAGAAGUAAAAUAAGAAGAAGAAAAUAAACGAGUGAGAGCAACCGUGCACAUGUUGUUCCACCAGCUUCGGCGGAGUCCUCGUCGUCGUCCUUCGUUUUCGGUGCGUGUCGUCGUGUUUAUCAACAUUUCAUGAAGUGCGAGAAUUGGAAUCACAUUUUUCACACACCAAACGACCCGAGUCCUGGGUAUUAUUAUUAUAUUGGGAAAGUGUGAUUUGUUGAGCCAAAUCACUCUAUAUCCGGCGUUCGGUCGAUCGGUGUGUGUACACUGGGAUAGAGUGGGUCCGUUUGUUCGUUCGGAGAGCUCUCGGUGAGUCGAUUCCGAGCAACAGAAAAGUGCGUGUUUGAUGGCAAAUAGUAGCAAAGAAUUGAAUUGAUUGCCCCCGUAAGAGGAGCCGCCCCCGCACCAACGGUAAAAGGCACCAGACCACAUUGGCCGUUACUGUCAGCGGUUUGUAAAGGGCGAAUAAACGAAAAUACCACGAGGGGGUGAUUUUUUUUCUGGUAAUCCCCAACACUAUUUGUUGCUCCCGCUGAGAAGAGGAGAAGAAAAAACCUACAAGGGGGUGGUAAUAAAGGGCAGAAGGAAAGUACAGGUGGGCCGCAGUGGUUUAACAUUUCUUGGCGUUUAACCACCCAUUUGGCAUCAGAUUGGCUGGGAAUCACAGACAACCCGGGGGCCCCGUUAAAGUGUCGGUCGUUGGAAGCGGUGGCCCUGGCAACAAAAUCUGGAGGCGCGAACGAGUCGUUAUGACGGAACCGGACCUGGACGAUGUGGCGUUCCUUACAGGUGGCGACAGCACCAGCGGACGGCCAGGGCGAGAAGGUGUAGCCGUUUGUUCCCAGAAACGAGCCUUAUGUGUAACUGCCAUCGUACUCGGAACGUUGCUGACCACAGCACUGGUGAUAGCAUAUGCAGGGCCCCAAACCGUAUGUCCCUGUGCCGGCAAAAUUCCACCGGGAUACAUUCAGGAGGGUUACAACAGCUCGGAGCCGUUCCAGCCGAUCGCCUCCAAUGGCCAGCCGUUCCCGUGGCUGCUCCCGACGCUGCCCAAUAAUGUGAGGCCAAACCGAUACAUGUUGACCAUACAUCCCAAUCUGACGACGCUGGAUGUGAAGGGUCAAGUAACGGUAGAGUUUUUUGUGGAAAAGGAAACCAACUUUAUCGUUCUGCAUGCUCAGGAUCUGAACAUUACUGAAAAGGCUCUGGUAGGACCGAAGGGCUACGCAUUGAAGAUCCUGCGGAUACUGGACUACCCGCCGCGACAGCAGCUGUACAUCGAACUGCGGGACAAACUGCGCAAGAAAGCCAACUACACGCUCAGCAUCCGAUGGUAUUCGAAGAUGAUCACCGAACCCGAUGGCUUCUUUGUGGAUCAGUUCGAAACAGAUGCGGACGUUAGAAAGAUUUUAGCUGCAACAGUUCUAAAACCCGGCAGUGCCCGUAAAGCAUUCCCUUGCUUUGACGAACCACACCUGAGGGCAUCGUUCAGGAUUUCGUUGUUCCGUGAUCGUUUCCACAUAGGACUGUCGAACUCCAUCGUCCAGGAUACCGAUGAUGUCGGAUUCUACAUGGGAACUGGUUUGCUACGAGAUGAUUUCGCGGAAACCCCACCAUUACCACCAGAUUCCAUUUCGUGGGUGAUCAGCGACUUUAAGCGGCAGCUCCUGGAUCCCUCGCCUAUCUAUCAGACCAUCAACGUCACCAAGGAUACCCACAAACCACUGCUGGAACCGACGAAGACACCCGCUAAACUGACCAAAGCGGAUAAGAAGCCGUUCCGUAAUCUUACUGCCGUUAUACUGUCGAAGAAUCUCUUUAAACUGACGAACAAUCAACCACCUAGUAAACCAUCUAGCGAAACGGAAGGGUCCGCGUCUGUGCCCGAUGCCAAGGCGGAGAACAUUAUUCAGGGAAACCACACCAAUCAAAGAGGAAACGGUACGGAGGCGAAUCAUACCAGUGCUAGUGAUACCUUGGACAUUAAGACAGCUCCGGCGUAUUCUUUCUACGCUCCAAGCCCUUACGUCGACAAGGGAAGCUUUGUGCUACAUACUUCACGCGAUAUCCUCGAGUAUCUUCAGCAAUGGCUUGGGGUGGCGUAUCCCCUUUCUAAGCUCGAUUUUAUCGCACUACCCACUUUGAACGACGACCUAACAAGUUCUCUUGGUCUGAUCGUGUGUCGAACAUCAUUUCUCAGCUCACCAGAAAACGUUUCGACCAGAGAGUACCACAUGUCGGUGGUAAAAAUUUCUGAAGGAAUAGCCAAGCAGUACUUCGGGGGAUUGAUUUCUCCAAAAGCCUGGAAACACGUCUGGCUCUGGGAGGGCAUCAUCAAGUACCUUAGCAGAUUUAUUCUUUCUCCUAUCCGACCUCAGUGGCCGAUGAACGAACUGUUUCUGAUAGACACUACAAUCCGAGCGUUGGAUAUGGAUGCUCUUCAAGGUUGGGAAAGUUUACACGGCGGAACAUCCGAUACCGGAAACAACGAGGCGUUCUACAUAGACAAAUCUGCAUCGAUGCUAGCCAUGCUCCAGUCUGCGAUUGGUGAAUCCAACUUCCGACAGUGUCUGGGUAAGUUUAUUAAAAAUUUCAAAUACCAGACGGCCGAACCCUCCGACUUGUGGUACAUAUGCGCGAAGCAAGACAACUACAGCAAAAAUGUUAAAGAAAUGAUGAACUUUUGGACCAACCUGGCGGGUUUCCCACUACUUAACGUAUCUCGACAAGGUGAUGAACUGCAUAUAAGCCAGACACCGUUUGCACCGGCAGAAUUUGUUGCAAUCAACGAUGACUACAGCAUCGAUGAGGACAACGAAACGUUAUCGACGACCACAACCAGCACUACUACGAUGGCUCCGACUCCAGCUAGCAGCGGUAAGGACAAGAAGCGCAUCCGGUGGACGUUCCCGAUCAGCUAUGUUACCAGCAACAGUGAACGGCUACCAGAAACCACUUGGUUCAACACUAGUGAGACUCGCAUCACUCUCAAUCAUUCACCGAAAUGGAUCAAGCUCAAUCAUGAGCAGACCGGUUACUAUAGAGUACUCUACGAUGAAGAAAAUUGGGCCAAAUUAGUUGAGCAGCUACACAUAAAUCACCACGUAUUUAGCACCCAGGAUCGCGUGGGCUUGGUAUCGGACAUCUUUACCUUGUGUCAUGCAAAUUUGCUGUCCUGUGAUUUUGCAAUGGAUCUGAUUUCGUACUUUCCUAAGGAGCAAGACUGGGGACCGGUUCUGGUGGGUAUGAAGCAUCUGGAGAAAUGGCGAAAGAUUCUCAAAUACUCCGAGUGUUACUUGGUGUUAGCGGAAUACAUCCGUCAAAAUCUGGCCAAAUCAAUCCAGGAACUCACAUGGAACGAUACCGGCAAGGAGGAGCUGAAGCUGCUUCGACCUACGGUUCUGCUGAAUGCUGUACUGUGGGAAGAACCGGAGGCUAUUCGUAAUGCCAAGGAGCUGAUGAACGACCAGGCUACCAUUCCACCAAAUCUCCGGUCGGUUGCCUACAUUGGUUCGGUACUGUCCGGUGAAAUCCGCUACUGGCAGGAGUGUUGGGCAUUGUAUACCACGUUGCGUCGCGAGAAGGAUGUCGGAUCUGAGGAACGAAUGGAGCUUCUCCGGGCGCUCGGUGUAACCAAGGACGCCUGGCUGCAGAAUCGGCUACUGUCACACGUAAUAACACUUCCCGUCACGGAGAUCGUGCAGGUGCUGGAGACAAUAUCGGGAACACCGACGGGAGGCGCGAUGGCCUGCCGGUUCCUGCAGGCAAAGUGGAUGAGCUUCCAGGCGAAACUAGGACGGGGCAGCGUUAACUUUGCGAGGGUGAUAUCGGCCAUCACCCAGUACGGAUCGACGAAGUUCGAUUACGAUGAGCUGAAAUCACUGGUGGAGCGCUUCGGUAACGGACCGGGAAUGAAAAUCCUGAACAUGACCCUGAACGUUGUGGCCGCUAACGUCGAAUGGGUAAGCCGAUCUCAGACGUCCGUCUUCAGCUGGAUUGAGAAAAAAUAUCACUUCUGAGCAUGUACGGCCCGGACCCGAGAGGAUUUUUACUAGACGAGAACAGCAACCACAGUAAAUAACCAACAGGAAGGAAUCAAAGAAGAAGGAUGUCUAAAUUUUGAGUAUGAAAAACCAAAAAAAAAGAAGAAAAAACAAACAAAACCAAACAAAACCAAACCAAUGACAUAUACAACUAUUUUCUGGUUAACCUUUUUUGGAACCUCUAGGGUAAACUAAAGCGAACUACAUGGGCUAUGAAAACUAACUAAAAAACGGAAAAAAUAAACAAACAUACAAAACAGAUGUGGGAAAACAUGAACAAAUAUUUAGUAGCAAAGUGAGUGUUACGUGUGUUGUGGCAGGAUGUGAAAGACCUCGGAUGAAAGUGCUUUUUUGGUGCGCAAAGUCGUGUAUGAACGAUCCAAACGUCGGAAUGCAUUUAUCGGUAGUACAAUCUUUGGGUAGAAGAAUUUUUAACCUCGAGGCAAUAUGGUGACAGCGGAAAAUCUUCCACGAGUGGGAGGAAGGAGAUGUAACAACAACAUACAACUGUACGAUAGAGCUGUAAAUGUUCAUUGUAACUUUUUGAAAACAAAAUCAUAAUUUACUCAUCAUGUUUGCAUUUAUUUUUGCGUUUAGGUUCGAAACUUCGACCAAGAAGCGACUGAUUUGUAAUAUAGGACGUAGUGAAUACCAGCAGAGCUAAAAAGCUGUUGAUAAAGAAUCUUUUUUUGUCACAAAUAGAAAAAAAAACUAAGACCAUACGAAAUCAUAACCCACAUCGUUGGAGUCCUUUUUGAAGUUGAACUUCUUCAUCCAUCCGGUAGAUUAGAUGAUUUUCUUUCGGUGCUAACUAAACGAACAUAAACGAAUUGACUCUGGCUUCGACACCUAUACAGCGUUUUGAUGGGCAAAUUUUUACGUAGAUAUAUAUUUUUCAGUAACAAUGCUAUCCCACCCAAUCGAAAAAACUUAUGUUGAUACCACUGAUCACACUGACAAGACACUUAGAAUAAAAAUUCAAUAAUUUUCUGUCUAAUUUUGCCACCUAUCGUCAAUAUUGCGAAGCUUGACAAACAAUUCCCUGUAGGAAAAAUUUACCUGUUCGGUUCGAUUUCCAUCCGUUCAUCAGGUGGAUCGGUCCAAAAUCGGAUACUGUUUUGGUCCGAAUCGCGCGAUGAUGAAACACAUUUCACAUCUUUCAUGAAACCGAUUUCGAAUUAAAACCGUACCGAAUCGUAAUAAAAACCUUUAUUUUUGACAGUAAUCGGUCCGAUGGAAUCGCUACCGAUCUUAGUAUUGACUAUUUUUCCUUGAAAGUUGGGUGGCCCUUUCAACUGGGAUAGCAUUUCAUCAAAAGCGAUCGAUGCGCACUCUGGAAUCAAUAUUGCGUACUGCUGGAAAAAUCAUCCAACAAACGAAAUUGAGUGUCUAGUCAGUAUGGUCAGUGUUGAUACUAUCUACACGAAUACUGCCAGAUAUUUCACUACACGGUAGAGAAAAAAAACAGAAAUGCCCAAUCGUUUUGUGACAACCAAAAACUUCUACUCCAGCAACGACUCUUUACUUCUUAUAUCUAGGCUAAUUUCUCAAGUUCCAAUGAAGAAAAAAAACCUGAAAUAACUUAGCCACAUUUCUAUUCAUUAACAAGGGUACGAAGCCAGAUUCAAGGCGUUUAUUUUACAAGUGACAGAAGGAUUUGACAAGUUUUCCUCUUAACAACUCUUAAGCGACAUGUGAGUGUGAUCGAGGUUCGAAUGAAUCGGCUCUCUAGGAUGAAAGAAAUCGGACGAAAGUGUAUACAGUGUGUGGAACAAACAUAAAAAAAAACAAACCGUGCGAUCAGCAGUGAUUUUAAAUAAGUGGCAUGUAAAUAAAGAGGCCACAGAAUUUAGAACACAAAACAACAGCCACAGACCCGAUCAUUUCCUCUUACAUUACUAAUGAUUUACAAAAUGCUACAACAAAACUCUGUGAAACAAACGUGUGAUGGCUCUAGGACAAAAACGGAAUCAUUGAACCACUCUAGGGUGAGUGGGGUAUGUGAUAAGUAAUACAAAACUUCAGUUCUCGGGAAACACUGGAAGCCAAGUGAUGUGCGAAAAAAUCGAAACAGUAUUAAACCGAACGGAAGCAUUUUCGAAGGAAAUAAAAAUUCAAAAAAAUAAACCAAGAAAAUAAAGAUGAUCAAAGCGUUUCUCAAAUAAUAUAUUUACGUUAAAGAAAUUUAAAGUUACCAACUUGGAAGGACGAAUGAAGCCAAAGUGAAAAUGUGAAAACAAACCGACUGCGCUACCACUCUGUGCAACUUUGCUGUUUCUUCUACUUUAUUUGUCUGUUCAUCCUUAUUUUGUAUCGACUUCACUAAAGGAGAAAAGUUAUGAAUUUUCGAAUGGCACAAGUAAAAUUAAAUAGAACAGCUUGAAAAGUGUUUAUUUCACGUUUCGUGAAGUUUAGAGCACACCCUUCGGCUCAAACAAUGCGCCAGAUAACUUUCAGUGGCAUUUGAGAGCGACAACUAUAAAAUUAACAUUUUUGGUACUGCAGGGAAGUUGAUAUAAACCAGGACUAACAAAGACGUAAUGUGUCGAUAUCUAACUCUCGGUUUGUGUCCUAUUUUUCUCGAAUCCUCAAUCCCAAAAAAAUCAACCUACGUAACAAAAACAUGGAAUCAUUCUCGCAUUAUCUGUAAUAGAUUUUUAUCAGUCAUAAGUAACAAAAAUGCUCAUAUUAUCUUCUCAGUAGCAAUAUCUAUACAAAACAAAAUACGUUUCAAAAUGCAUAUACAUAAAAAAAAUACUUAGUUCUAUAAUGGAAUACGCUUAUCAAAGUGAACGUACCGGAACGCAUUAACAGAUAGUCAAAACAAAAAACAAAACAACCUUACACUAAACAGUCGUACAUUGAAAAAUAACGGAAACAAUUUCAUUGUCUGUGUUUGUUACCUUCAGA